AUGACCCUUCGCCCAGAAGUCGUUCAAGCCCUGGGUACUCGCGACGACAGUGUCGAUGCCAUACUUCCGGAGUGUGCUCUACCGGAUCCUUUGCCAUCAAACGUCCAAGGUCUUCCCGCCCAGAUACUCUCUGCCGAUGAAAUUGCAAUCACGGAGUGUGAUCCGGUAGUGUUGGUUGGGAAACUUUGGUCCAAAGAGUGGUCAUGUGAGACAGUUGUCCAGGCGUUUCUUAGGCGAGCAGCAUUGGCACAGAAGACGACCAACUGCAUCACGGAGCUUCUCUGGAAAGAGGCCAUUGCCCGAGCUCGGCAUCUGGAUUCGUUGCCGCAACCAACUGGCCCCCUUCAUGGCCUGCCAGUUUCAAUCAAAGAACAAUUCGGUGUUCCUGGUAAGAUCAACAACAACGGCUUUGUGGCCUGUUGUGGUCGUAUCCAAGGUCCUCCUUGCAGCCUACAUGACGUUGUUGAAGGAUGUGGUGCCGUCAUCUUUGCGAGAACAACCCAGCCGCAGUCAGUGAUGCAUCUCGAAACAAACAGUAACAUCUACGGCCGGACAGUCAAUCCCUGGAACCGCAAUCUCAGCGCAGGUGGAAGCUCUGGAGGUGAAGGUGCUUUGGUUGGCUUUCGCGGGAGCCCUCUGGGUCUUGGUGGCGACAUCGGCGGCUCGAUCAGAUCUCCCGCCGCCAACAAUGGCGUCUACGGUUUCAAGCCGACACCUUUCCGGGUUGGAAACACUGGUGGCAUGGGUCUCAUAGCUGGCCAAGAAGGUAUCAUAGGUUGCAUUGGGCCGUUAUCGCCAACUCUCUCUGGCAUUGAGCUGUUUAUGAAGGCCUACCUCGACACCAUGCCAUGGGUCAGAGAGAAUUAUCUAGUCCCGAUACCUUGGCGAGAUGUUGAACUCCCAAAGACACUCAAAAUUGGUAUCAUGUGGUCUGAUGGAAUUGUCAAACCCCACCCACCCAUUCACCGAGCCCUUUCACAGGUUGUCAACGCACUCAGGUCGGCCGACUUCGAAGUUGUCGAUUGGCAGUCCAAGGACCACGACGAGUGCUGGAAGCUAACGAGCGCCCUGUAUUUUGAAGACGGUGGUGAUCGCCUUCGACAUAUGCUGAAGGCGGGCGAUGAACAAGUGUUGCCCUUGACCGAAUGGCUACUGGGUCAAGAGGAGGUGAAAGCUAGAAGCGUGGAAGAAGUUUGGGAUCUAAAAGCCAAACGCAACGCCUACAGGUCAAUGUACAAUCAGCAUUGGCUUGACACCGGAAAGGAUGAUGGUCAUCCUGUAGAUGCCAUUCUUUGUCCUGUUGGCCCUGGAUGUGCACCCCCGCAUGAUCAGGCCAGAUUCUGGAACUACACCUCGCAGUGGAAUCUUCUUGAGUAUCCAGCCAUUUCUUUUCCAGUAACCCAAGUCGACACGCGACUGGACGUACCAAACGAUGAUUACGUGCCCACGAACGAGCUCGACCGCUUCAAUCACGAUCUUUACACCACGCCUGAGCGGUAUGUGGAUGCACCAAUUUCGCUGCAGCUCGUCACUAGACGAUAUGAAGAUGAGAAAUGCAUAGCUGUGUUGAGAGAGAUUGAGGCGGCAUUAAAGAGAGGAACAUGCUAA